AUGUCUAUGCUUGCUGCUCAGGUUAUCUUGCAUCCUACUGUGUCGGAUGGCUUGAAGGUCUUGAGCACGACCCUUGGUCGCGACAAGGUCUACCGUGCAAUCCAAUUCUUUGCACGCUUCCUUGCUUGGUACUUGAUCUCUCGAGGACAGUCGCUGGAGGCGGCACGGUGGAAUGCAUUGAAGAAUCAUCUGGGUACCGCGAGGAAGCUUCUCCGCCUCGGUAAACCCGUAGAGCAUCUACAAGCUGCACUACGUACCGCACAGACCACCGGCGAGAUUAAGGAGCAGGUCACGAUGAUCGGUCGCCAGCUCGGUUACUUCGGCUUCCUGGCAUACGAUGCGCUCGUCUGGGCGAACGCCAUUCGAUUCAUCACUCUUAAGCCUGACACGGCUAAGGCUGUCAACAAGACUUCUAAUAGGUUCUGGCUGGCUGGUAUAACAUUCAGCAUCUUGCAUUGCAUAUUCAAGACCGCACGCCUUACCUCCGAGGCACAAGCCCUCCGCUUUGCAGAUGAAAAAGACAUCGGCGGCGACAAUGUUCGCCAGACGAGGUUAUACGGACUUAAUGCAGUACGGAAUGCGACACGGCGCCAAUUACUCAUGGAUGUCCUGGACUUCUGGAUUCCUGCUGCCAAUCUCGAGCUUGUGCACUUCAACGAUGGUUUCCUGGGACUAUGCGGUCUCGCCACCUCUCUUUUGGCACUGCAGGCUCAAUGGGGAAGCAUCACCUCCGCGAAGAAGUAA